AUCGACUAAUCAAAAACAACGGUGCUCUCUAGGUGUACUUUGGAUUAAAAUAGAAUUACUUUCAUUUUGCCGUUCCAUAGUUUUGUAGCCGAUUUUUUUUAGCGCGAUGAAGCAAUUCCUCUUUCUGUGCUUUUUGUGGACUCUCUUCAUUUGUUCCAGUCAGGGACAAGAUAUUGAAUGCCUUCCUACUGAAGUAACUGUACAGGUGAAGGACUAUUUUCAAUGGCAUUAUUACUGCAAAAAAAUCUGCCCCUACUCCCAAUUCGUAUACCGGAAGAAGUGUUAUGACGCAUGCCCACUAACUACCGCUCCUAAGGAAAACGGCUUCAUCAAAUACUGUGCUAGUGAUUUUGAAAACUUCACUUGCCCAGAUUCUAUAUGCCAAAAAGAAUACCCUUAUUGUUUCAAUGAUAUUUGUCUUGACGCUUGUCCUGAAUAUACAGUUGGUUACAGGAAAUCUUGCGUUUUGAAUUGCCCCCCAGACGCCAAAUUCGUUACAGCUUAUUCUUGUGAUGGAGUGUGCUAUUCCGGAAAUAAAAAAUGUUCUUCCGAGUGUCCAGAAUCCCACCCAUUUGUAUUUAAAUCAAAAUAUCUUUACCAUUGUUUGAACAAGUGCCCAUCAUUCACAGCUGUAAAUAACAGGAAGUGUGAAUUAUCGUGUCCACUUGCUCGUCCUUAUCUUCACAGUGGACGAUGCCUCUCAAAGUGUCCCUUAACUCACCCGUUCGCGAUGUUGCGGAACUCGCUCUUCAACGAGAUACUUGUGUGUACAGAUAGAUGUCACGAGGGUAUGGGGUCUUACAAAAAUGCGUGUGUCUCAAUAUGUCCAAGUAAAUCGCCAAACGAAUAUCACGGAAAAUGUGUAUCCUUUUGUGGAAAAGAUCGGCCUUAUGUUAAUACAACACCUUCUAAAAAGUCUACCAUAUAUCAUCAGCAGUGUGUAGCAAAGUGUCCCAAAGAGAAAAAUCUUUGGACAGAAAGGAAUGAAUGCGUAUCCAAUUGUCCAGAAACCACUAUACUUUUUAAUGAUACUUGUGUAACUGAAUGUCCAAGUGAUUAUCCAUUGAACUACACGAAAGAAAAGAAUGACAAAAUAAAAUAUGAGUGUGUUGAAAGAUGUCCAGAGAAUACUUUCCAAUACAAAGAAGUCUGUUUUGAUAUUUGUCCACCUUACUUAAAACAUUACUUAUCAAACUGCACGUUAAACUGUCCGAAAGCUUAUCCAUUUAUAUCAAGCGACAAUGUCUCUUGUGUUCAGUCAUGCCCAGCUUCUGAAGUUUAUAGCGAGAACAAAUGUGACAAAAGUUGUCCACAGGAGAAAAAGUACAUCGUAAACAAGACAUGUUUUGAAUUUUGUCCGGAUGCCUUUAAUCUUCAACUAGAAACACAACAGGGUACCCUUUGUUUGAAACCACCUUGUCCCCCCAGUUUUGUUCUGGUAGAAGGGACGAACCAAUGUGCACGUAGCUGUCCAAAGAAUAUGUUUAUUAUUGAUGAUGUGUGUAGAAAUGUAAGCACAUGUCCAAACGGAACAUUCACAGAGAAGUCCUCCCAUGGUACAUUAUGUACAGAGAAAUGCUCCAACUCGCUUUAUAUUAAUGGUAACAUGUGCAUAAAGAAAUGUCCCUCUCAUACUGUAAUAGAAGACCAACACUGCAACAACAACUGCUCAGGCACCAAGCCAUACCGUUUUCCUAGGGGCAGUGAUUAUGAUAACCCAGCGAUUCUUUGUGUGUCUGAAUGCCCAGAUGGGUAUUGUAUGUAUCAGAAUAAAUGUAUUUCCUGCAAUGAAUGCCAAGACCAUCAGCAAGUAGUGUAUAAAAACCUUUGUGUAGACAGUUGCCCACCCACCUAUGUAAUUGACAGCGAUUAUAUUUGUUUCUAUAACUCAUAUUACCUUCACAAAGGAUUACAAGCAAUGUUCUUUCUAUUUACAAUUAUUUGCGUUUUCUUUAUCAUUGUUCUCUGCUGUUAUAGAGGACCCUUGAAAUGUUCAAGAAAAUCGCCCGAAGAAGAACAAGAAGAUUUAGCUAGUCUGAUAGAAGAAACGGAGGAAAACCAAGAAGCUUGACCAUUUCCUUUGGACAAAUGCCAGUUAUUUUUCUAGUCGACGUUUUUUUUUCUUGUUCUCUAAAAGCACAUAUUUACUCCAGUGCAUCAUACUUGAGCAAAUACCUAAUAAUGUAUACAUUGGUCUUUUGGCAGCUCAAAUACUACUGAAAUUUCAAUUAUGUACCUUUUGUAUAGGUGGUGCGGUUUCUUGAGUGUUUUAUGGAAUGAUGACUUCCGUCGUAUCAUAACACGAGCGGCUGAACCGAUUCUUGUGUUGAAUUAUGGGCGUUAGCACUUAAAAAAACUAUGACUCCACGGCUAAUUGUAUGACAAUUAUUAUAUUAAGGAAGUCAAAGAAUUCAGUACCUCCAUUACAAUGUAACAUUGAUAGUGCAAGCCAUACUUGUUAAGAAGAAUGGACAUAUACGUUCAACAUGAGUAUGCAUUUUGAUUAUUAGUGUACGGGUUCAAUGUUUGUGACAUCAUUUAAAAUGUUGUUUUACCUACUUGUAUUUGUCAUAGUUAAAUAAUUACUGAUAUUUUCUUCAUUGAAAUAAUAUGUUGUAAUUAAAAUCUGUUUAAUAC